AUGACUUAUCAAAAUCGGGCCGAUUGUUUCUAUGGCCUUGGUUUUAAACCUUUCGCAAAAACCAACCCUUCUUUUGCAGAACGUCAAGUAAUCUUUAUUUUAUUUAUGACCUCUGACGUUUUGAAAGGAAGAUACAAUUCUUCACAAAUCAAAUUUGAAAAUAAUUUAACGACUAGUUUUCAAUAUAUUAUUAUACAGGCAGUGAUUGAACGGUGUGUUUUAGAAAUCAU